UUUUACUGAUUGGUGUUGAAAGUUGUUAGCUUUGUAUAAUUAUAGGACCAAAUCGAGCUUUGAUUUUCAUGGAUCGGUUUUUUUUUUUUUUUUGUAUGUUAGACUGUUAGGAAUGUUUCUUUAACAAUAAAAAAGAAGUGGGCUUUGAUUGUUUUCUCUCAAACUACUAUUUGUUAUUGAAUUUUCUGGUUUCUUGUUUGAUUGUUUUCAUGAAUUUUCUUUGUUUAAAUCCAAGAGUUUAUUUCUUGUAAUGAUCAUUGACUGUUUUUAGUUUUUUCUUUAGAAUGUUUGUAUGGUUAACGUUGCAGUUUCUGUAAGGAAUAGUACAAUUCUGGUACAGCUUUUGAAUCUGAUUGAGAGAUUUUCUGGUGGUAACUGGUUUAAGCACAUCAAUCUUUAACUGGUUGAUUUUAGUUUUAGUUGAUUUGGGUGAUUUUGAGGUCGAGCUUGAGUCUCUGAAGGGAGAGUGUUUGAUUUAUUUCAGAUUAUUAGUCUAUUAUUUCAGUGUAAAUAUCAUUAUUUGAUGGGAUUGUUUUUUUGGUAAAGAUAACAGAAAUAAAUGCAUGGUCUUGGGUCAAAAAGAGAUGUUCCUGUGAGUAUGUGACUGCACAUAAGCACACAUGCGUUCAAGUUAACAUCCAUAAGCAAGCUUGGAUGCAAAAUAAGGACAGGUUUCAGCUUCUACAACCAUUGAAAGUGAUGAUGUUUGCAUAGUCAUUUGUCUCCAAUCAAAAUGUGGAAUUUUGCAUCCAAGUGCCUAGCUGGAAAUGUUAGUUUGAACAACUCUCUAAAGCCAACUCAAGUUCCUUCAGAAUACUCAGACGACGAGGCAUCUUCUGUUAUAAGCAGAGAAGAAGGCCUAGAGUGCCCGAUAUGCUGGGAAUCCUUCAACAUUGUUGAAAAUGUGCCAUAUGUUUUAUGGUGUGGCCAUACUCUUUGCAAAAAUUGCAUCCUAGGGCUUCAAUGGGCUGUUGUGAAAUUCCCUACAUUACCAAUUCAGCUUCCUCUCUUUAUUUCUUGUCCAUGGUGCAAUCUGUUAUCGUUCCGCCUUGUUUAUCGAGGGAACCUCAAAUUCCCUCGCAAGAAUUAUUUUCUUCUUUGGAUGGUUGAGAGCAAGAAUGGUGAUAGAGAGAAGUCUCAUGGCACCUUCUGUGAAGAUCAACAACCCCACUGGUCAUCGGACAGUAAUUUAGUCCUUGGAAAUCAGGCAAGCCGUGGGAACAUCAGGAGGGGACAAUAUGUUCAUCAUGCUGAACCAUCAGAGGCAAACCAUGAUCAUAAUCAUGUCAACAGUUACCUCAAUGUGAGGAGAAUACAUUCCUCUCUUCAGAAAUCACUGGUUUUCUUUGUUCAUCUGACAGCAAAGUUCCCAUUGGUCAUCAUAUUCCUUUUGAUCAUCUUAUAUGCAAUACCUGCCAGUGCAGCCAUUUUGGCCCUGUACAUUCUUAUCACUGUUUUGUUUGCUCUCCCAUCGUUUCUCAUUCUGUACUUUGCUUAUCCUAGUUUGGAUUGGCUUGUCAGAGAAAUCAUCACUUGAUAUCCAAAUUAGCGUCGUAGUCUGCAAGCAUUAUGAAUAGAAGUUUGCUCCAAGAAAGUGGCACAUCUCUAUCUUGGUGCCGCGAGUUUGGUUAUUCAAUGACUAUCCAGUCUCCAAGACUAUUUUAAUUCUUUGGGUAUGAGGCUCCUCAAUCCCACUAUUCCUAUAUCAUCCUUGGCUAGAAGCUUGUCUGUAAAUGUAGGAUUUGGCUUGUCAGGGCUGGAUGUUGUUUCUGGAGGUUUGUUGGUGAUGAUGGUCCUGUGAAAAAUGGUCUCUUUGGGUAUAUGCAAUGCUAUUGUAAGUAUCUGAAAUAUUAAUCAAGUGAGGGCUAUCACCCAAAAGCUUGAUUUCUUGGUUGUAUGGGGACUGAUGUUUUAUUGAAUCUUUAUUAUGGUUCUGUGUCAUGAUGGAUUUUGAAACAAAGCGACAAAAACCUGAGUUGUUUCAUAUUAAUCUUCUGUGUUUAAUACUAUUUAAAUUGAAUUCUUUUUUAUAUA